AUGGCACUGUCCUACUGCAUCACGUUGUUUGCUCUGUACUUAACGCAUACUACAGAAGGAGUUAUGUCAUCGAAGAAACUGGAAGAUAUCAGCUACUACGGCCACAAAUGGAAACAGGUCCGUGAAGGCAGUACGUUCUUCAUCAUCUGCUUCUCACCACUCAGUACAAACAUAUCGUGGACGAAAAACGGUUGGCCCGUCGAGUUCGUCUUCGUUGAAGGCUACGCCAUCUCGCAACAUCUCGAUGAGGGCAACGGCAAACUUUCCAGGCUCCUUGUGCAUAAUGCUCGGGCCCAACACGCGGGGAAAUACAGAUGUUCCAACGCAUCGACCAGCUUCCAUAAAGUAUCCAUCCGCCCGAUCCAGGAGAGUCCUCGACUUAGCACGGCGGUCGUCGACUGCGUCAAUGUUGUACCGAACGAACCACUGAAGCUUCCUUGCAGCGUCCCGCUAGCGAACCAUACGCCCUCCUCCAUCAUAUGGUACAAGGAUGCUAAACUAUACAUACCCGACGCCAGGUCCAGCUUACUACCCACGACCCUAGAGAUCCGCGAGACUCACGAAGGUGACGUGGGAACCUAUUCUUGCUGUCUCAUCUCUGCAGCGUCCAGCGCGAAGACAUAUUCCACGGAGUUCUUCCGCGUCGUAACGCCCAUACGGAUAGUGCCGUUUCCGUCGGUGCUCGAAGCACACUGGGGCGAUUCCUUUCACAUGCCUUGCCGAGCGAGGUCGCUUCCUCAACCACACGUCGCCUGGUACAAAGGCAAGAACGUGGUACCAAAAGACGUGGCAUCAAAAGAUCUCCCCGUGGCGGACCCGGAUCCGCAUAUCGAUCAAGCUGUGCUGUCUCUCAGAAAAAUUGAACGGUUGAGCGCUGGGGUUUACACUUGCGUUGCGUAUCACAAGCUCUGCGGCGAAAUGGUGGCACGGCGGUCUAUGCGGUUGCAAGUUAGAGAAAAUAGACUGAGAACGAACGAAGAAUAUCCUGGGCUGGGAAUAACUCUGGAUCCAGCGUCGGAAACACUUCGCCUGUCCUGCGUCGACUCCCAGGAUCCCGCUACCCCGAUUAAGUGGAAGAAGGGAGAAAAGGACUUGGAUGAUUAUCCGGUGAAACACAAGUUCUCGAGAGAUCCCGUCGACCAGUCCCUCAUCAUUCAUAACCCUAGUUCGGACGAUAUCGAUAACUAUACGUGCGUCGCUCCGAAGACUGGCGAGGAGGCUGUUAUUCUUGUGGGCCUAAAGGCUCAGAUUCACCAGCAGGCUACUCCUGCGUCUGGACGCGUCGAAGGCAAGAGAUUGUACAUGCACUGUAAGGUCACAGGAUUCCCUCUGCCAUCCGUGCGCUGGUUCAGAAACAACAAACUCGUUCAGAUAAGUAAAAUGACAAGGUUCAACUACAGGGCAGCCUUUGGUGUGUAUCCGGACACUUUGGAAAUUGCUACACUAUCGAAAGAAGAUAAUGGGGUGUACGCUUGCUCUGCAGACAACGGACACAGUUACGACAUAAAAAUGUUCAAAAUAGAUGUAAUAUCAAAGGCUGACGCCUUUAUACCAUUUUUCCUCAUCUGCGGCGAAGUGCUUUUGGUAUGUGCUUUCGUGUACAAGUAUUUCUAUGAUUACCAACGUGGAUCAGACGUUCGUGCGUACAGCAUGGUCCAGAUACAACCUCAACUAACAGCUCCGUCAGAGCCUGACUUCCCAUGUCAGAAAGAAGGAACGGGACAACAGUCGUCUGGACAACCCGAAGCACAUGUCGAGCCGAGUGGCCUAGGCCAGGCUCCUGACCAGCUACCCCAAGGUCAACCAGACGCGAAACUCACCUCCGAAACAAUAGUCGUACAAAGCCCGGAACAGUUCCGAAGCUCGAAGGUGCCUGUUGGACUUACAAUGCGGAGAAAAAAGCGUCACUCGGUCGAAUACAUUGGUACCUCUCAAGAACGAUUGAUACGUCCAGACAUUCCGCUCAAGAAAGAACCAGUACUAAAGAGACCGCCUGGUGAAGAUAAGACAGAUUUCAAGUUUCAACGUACCAUUACUGAAAAAGAGGUAGAACAAAGGUCCCGUCUUUUGCGUACAGGAAUGACUAUGAAACCCUUGGUACGAACCUCGUUUUCAAAGAGGCUAGGGUACAUAGACUUCUCGCUGGGAAUGGCACAAAUGGUUCGACCGGAGGCAACAGCCUCUGAUAUAUCGGUAGAACCGCAGGCUUCUCCUACGCCUGGCCAUUUUACGUUUGCAUCCACAAAGGCAAGGUCGACCUCUCUCUCACCGAAGUCGUCUACGGCAGAGCUACUGCCGUCCACGGCCUCAACGGCUACCGGUUACACUACGCUGUCCUCUACCACAAGGAAAGCGAGCGCUCUAUCGUCAACCGUGCAUAGCAGGACAUCGAAGACAACGACCGCGAUGUCAGAUGUGUCCGAUCGCUGCUCAACCAGUGGUAUCUCUACUGCGCAGGUAACGGAAACGUCACUUUUAUCAACAACAUAUGUGCAGGAGGCUCCAAGUUUCAUCACGAUUACUCCGUCAUUUGUACCAGCAUCACUGACGGCGACUGAGCGCAAGCACUCUGCAAGAGCACCACCCGUGCAAGACAGAAUACCCAAAAGUGCAGAGGAUACUACAGGGGUUUCAAAGAGACCAGCCUCACCCAGAACCAUCGAGGGAAAGUCACCGACGCUAGGAGGGCAGAAGCCCGAGACGCAGCGUCCUUUGAAAACGGCAAAGCCGGAAGCUGCAGGGACUGUGACAACCGACGUGGCAUCACAGAGACACGGUCAACGCACUACAAACCAACAGAGCGCGAUUCCAACAACGGCCGCUGAACCCACAGCAAGCCCCGUAGUACGUCCACAUGUUACACUUACGAAAUCAUCCCUAACAAACGAAACCGAUGAAAAGGUUAAAAAGGAGCGCGACCCCGGGAGGAAGCACGUACCAAGUUCACCUCAUCCAACGAACACAUGCUGUACAUCUACGCAAACAUCACCGCUACAUCAGGAAAUGAUGGCGCCAAUGCUAUCGCCGCCAGUUCAGGUUUCGAAAGCAACAUCACUUACGUCCGAAUUGCUGGAUUCCAAACUUCCGAUCCACAUUAAAGGCGAAUCGACGCGAGCUGAUUCUUCUGUACAGCUGCCUCACGGAAAGAAGAUUACAGUGUCCGCGAAGCCGCCGCCGCGAAAACGCCACCACGGGUCGGUUUCAACGCAAACGUCCGUACCAUGGACACUGAUUCUACGAGGAGCACAGAAAGGUACUCGCGCUACUAAGUCUACAGCCGCACAAACAACGCCCGCCAGUGUUUUAGUUAAACACCCACUGGAGGUACAUUUUGGUAAAACAGAUACCCGCACCCAUGUCGAUAAUGAAGCAGCACGGAAAAGAACGUCGUCCGUACAAAAGGACGACCAGAAACAUGUAGACACGCAGCUGAAGGCCGCAAAAGACAGAUCGAAGACGGCUUCAAGACAUCAUCAUCCAACACGUCACCAUCAGGAACACCAGAAGAAGGUACAAGGGAGUGUUUAUACCGAGAAGAGCGCGGAAAGUAGUUCUGCGGAUAAAGUACGGGGAAGUACUUUGCCAAAGAAAGUACCGAGAAAAACUGUCAACUGUCUGUACGGAAAAAAACUGUCUUCGCAAAAGAUACCGCAAACAACUUCCCGAGGAAGGUUACCAGAUUAUCUUUUCCGAGAGAAACCGUCGAAAAGGAAAUCAAAAAAGAAGGCAUCGAAGAAGCUAUCCACUGGCAAAGGACCACGGGGUACCACAACGAAGCCAGUCGAAAAGGCAAAGUGGAGCUUUCUGCACGGCAUCACGUCGUUGCUGAAGCCGAAGCACGGACCAAGACCAGAGCCGAAGCAUGACGAAUCUCCAGAAGAAAACUUACCCCCACUUGUACUACCAGUCGAAUUGAGCUCCAGUUCCGAAGACUCAGACGAAUGGGUUGCAAAGUCCGAGAGUGAAGGGCGUCCGUUUGAAGGGGAAGCCAUGGAUUCGUCGGGGUUUGAAACACACAUAGGCAGAUCAGCCGUAAAAGCGACGGCGCGCCAUGCAACGCCUGGUGCCGAUGAAACAAUUUCCCUGAGUGCCAAAGGAAAGGCCGCUAAAGAUGGUACUUCUAAACUCGCUAAAGAGAACGUUGCUCCAGUAAAAGGGCCUUCCAAGACAGUGACAACAGCGAGAGAACAGCCUGAUAAUAAAGACGAGACGAAGGCUAAAAGCACCGCGCAGAAAGCACCGGAAAUCCCGCAUGUCGAAGUCACCAUAGAGACAACCGAAGGAUUUGGAGUAAAAGAUGCGUUUGAGACUGCGGCUGCAAGCGUAACGAAGCCGCGCGACAUAUUGAAGGGGCCAACAUGCACCACGGACACCACGGAUUCCGUCAAGGCUGUUAACGCUGGUUCGAGGGUAGCAGGACCUGAAGAACGAACACAAGAGAAGCUCCACAUAAAGGCAGCCAUAGAUGACCUGGACCAUAGAAGGAAUGGCAAAACAGAUAUUAAAGAUGAAAAUCGAAGGGAGGAAAUCGAACAAAGUAAACCUCAAGAAAAGACAGGGAAGGAGUCGGAAUCUGAAAAAGUGACGGCACUCACAGUGUCAGAAAAAUCGGAAGUUUCGGAAAGGUCUGCAAGCGGUCCUCCGAAGAUACCUGAGGGCGACAGCACCACAUCAAGCGAUCUGAAAUCGCCAGAACGUGAGAAGUCUGUCAACAGUGAGAUGUUGAAAAGUCCCACAGACCUAAAUGACACGUCUCCUGAAACAAGUGUCGUUCCUUAUGCCACCACUUCCGUGACUGAAAGAUGUUCCUCACCGAUCGAAGCUAGCAGCACCUCUCUUCAGGAGCGCGACACUUCCUCUGUGCCGUCGGAGAUCAGCACUAGCACCUCGAUUGUGGAAAACAUAAGGUCGGUUGUAGAAGACAUAACGGCGCUUGUGGAAGAGACGAAGGCGGUUGUGAAGGACACGAAGCCGGUUGUGGAAGACACUGGGCGGAACAGAGGCGCAGAAUCCGUGAACGAGCGUAAGCUACCCAACGUUCCUGAUGCUGUAACUGUCCAACAGGUGAUGUACGUGUGCGGAGACUCCAGAGCAAGAACAACGCUUCCAAAACUGCUGAGGACCCAGGCUUUUCUUCAGCACUCCUCCGUGCUCGCACAAGAACUGAUAUUUCUACCAGAAAGUGUUCCUGUAUCCCCGAGUCUCCAGAGGGCAGUAAUGAACAAGGCUUGCAGAAGAGGACUAUUGCAGAGUGUGCAGCCCACGUACCUGGUGCAUAAGGACGAGAAGAUAAUAGAGGAAACAGAUCGUUUUAACCCUUACGAGAUAUAACUGCCAACACGAUAUUGUUAUAAAGAUAUGUGAUUUGUCUAC